AUGCCGUUUAGCGCUUCGACUGUUGUUUUGGCCGAGCCCGAGAAUCUGGUUGUCGAUAGACCAGAGGUCUCUUGUGGUACCGAUGCCGUGACGGUCCAUUUACAUCUUUGGCCAGGGUUCGGCGGCAGAUUGUUCGUGCUUGGCCACAGCGAUGAUGAGCACUGCCAACACAGGCCGACGGCGUCCCAAUCAGCCGAAUUCGCCCUUCCUUUUGGCGCAUGUGGGAUGCGCCGAAUUCGCUCGUUACACCCACGCGGUGUUACUUAUUCCUUCACCCUCGUCGUCUCUUCACAUCCGGUAUUUGUGACGGGUGCUGACCGCGCCUUUUCCGUGAAAUGCUUCUUCCGCGAAGACGUGCGAAAUUUGCAUAACAAGCUGGAAGUGGGUGGGCUCUCGACGGAAUCGCUAGAAGAGGAAUUCGAGCCCCCGCGAUGCACCUAUGAACUCAAAGCCGAGUCGGGAGAGGAGCUGCAGUUUGCGCGUGUCGGCCAGCCUGUCGUUCAUUCGUGGACGUGUCAUCCUGACGUUCCCUCGGUCUUCGGCCUGUUGGUGCACAGCUGCGUGGUGGAGGACGGCGAUGGGGAACGCUUCGAGCUCGUUGAUUCCAGCGGGUGCACAACGGAUCCCGGGCUACUUCCAGCUCUUGAGUAUUCACCUACAUCCCUUACUGCCUCCGUACACUCGCGUAUCUUCAAGUUUGCGGAUAGGGUGCAAGUCUAUUUCCGGUGUUCGGUGCAGCUGUGUUUCCGGCACGACGGCGGAUGCGACGGGGUGACGCCCCCACAAUGCCACGGCCAUCCCGGUCCGCCACCCAUCGAUGCACAUCCACCAGAGAUCCCACAUCCGGCCCCAUUCUUGCUCCUCAACCACGGACCGAAAAGCUCGGAGUCGGACGAAAUCUCAAAAUCUGUCGAAGCCGACCACCCGCUUCUCAAUGGAAAUCCAAUUCUAAAAGGAAAACCGAUCCUCCUCGGAGAUGUCGACGUCUUCCUCGGGAAUGCUACAAACAGAACCCUUCGCCCAGAGACAUCUACCGUGUCUGCGGAUCGACUACUUGCUGCAAAGCAAUUCGCACCAACUACCGCCAGAACCACCGAAACAACCCGGCACGCUAGGGCCCUGCAAUCUGAGUUGUCGGUAGAUGUCGUCGUGCUACCAUUCGAAAAGACGCUAGGUCCAAACGGAACGCGAACUGAGCAGCAACUUCUGAGCCCAGGCCCCCAACAAGCUGUUGUCUGCCUAUCUCGUGUGGGUACUGUGGCAGCUGGAUGGGCCAUCGGACUGCUCGUGUUCAUCGGGGCCGGCGUUGGUCACCUACUGGGGCGCCAUCUGGGCAGAAGACGAUUGAAUGCCGCCGCCCAUCGACACUCACCCUCCUAUAAAGCUUAUGGAGAA